AUGGAGGAUUCGGAUGAAACCGCAUUGUUUGGAGUGUUGGGAGGCAAAUUCCUUUUCAAGAAGCUACCCGACGGAGGCGUUAAUAAACGCGUGGUUAUGUGCAUAUUCUGCCAAAAAGAGUUUGCAUACCACCGCAGCAGUUCAACCCUCCGCUACCAUUUGAACGCCAAGCACCUUGCGCACAGCAAAGAUGCCGCAACGGCAAUUGGCGGCGCGGGUCGUCAGCAAAGCAAACAGCUCGAUAAUGAGACGGGCUUCAGGCCCAGAACGAGUCCGUCAACAUCGGAAAAACUAGCAAACCCACUCGCCAUGUGGAUCGCGCUGGACUGCAGACCGCUAUCAGUGGUAGAAGAUAAAGGACUCGAAAACGCGCUCAAGAUUGCCACAUGUGAUCCAACUUUGAAACUGCCUUCCAAAAAUACGAUUUCAGCCAUCAUCCAACAACUCUAUGACACGGAAAAAGUAGCUAAACUGGAUGCAUUAGAAAAAGCUCAAUUUGUGGCUCUGACUGGGGAUCAUUGGACCACCGUUCGUAAUGCGAAUUACAUCGGCGUCACUGCACACAUUGCCGCGGUCACAGACGGAACAUGGCAUUUUCAGUCUUUUGUCCUGACUGUGCUUGAGACAGACAGCAGACACAAUGCAGAAAACUGCGCGGAACGGUUUCUCUCCGUGGCAGUGAUGUGGGGAAUUCGCCAAAAGAUCACCACCAUUGGAACAGACUCCACACGAACCGCGAUAGCUGCAGCAAGACAUCUCCCGUUCCAACACAGUCCUUGUAUUGCUCACAUCUUGCACAGAACCAUAACAGUUAGCCUUGCUGAAUGUGGUUUUAAUGGUGUCUUAGCAAAGUGUCACAAGAUAGCGGGUCACUUUCAACACGGCCCUGACAACAUGGAGGAGGAACUACCCCGGAAGCAAUCAAGACCGGGCCAAGAAAAUGAGGAACUCAUACGGGAUGUUUCCAUGAGAUGGAAUUCGACGCUUGAUAUGAUCUCCUGUCUACUGAAGAGUCAAGAGGCUUUUGCUUCUUUACACAAUCAGGAGCACAAUCAAGACACAUUAACUCUGACCGAGGUUCUUCAACUCCAAAAUCUUACGACUGUCCUCGAGCCAUGCAGAUUUGUGACUGAGCUCCUCGGAGGUGAAACCUAUGUCCCAUGCUCAGUGGUUUUACCCGCUUUGUGCCACCUGCGCCACACCAUGGAGGUCUCGGGCAGUGACUCCAACGACGCGGUGAAAUUCAAGACCGUCUUCAAGAAAGAGUUCACCCAAUGCGCGGCGACGCUCAACCACGAAUGGCUCAAAGUGGCCACUGUGCUCGACCCGCGUUUUAAGGACUUAAAGUGUCUUGCGAGGGAAGAGCGGGAAGAGGUUUGGAGCCGCCUUGAGGCCCUACUGCAAGAACAGUGCAAAAGGACCAUCAUGAAGGAGCCAGCGAAGAAAAAGAGGCUGCUUCUCUGUUCAUUUGAUUCAGACUCUGACUCAGAUGAGGAAGAACGGUGGCGCAGGGCCCUGAAUUUGUACAGAGUAGAAUCCACCAUCAGCGAGACAGACUGCCCAUUCCAAUGGUGGUCCAGUCGAGUAGGGACCCACUCACAGCUGUCUGUCCUAGCCCGCAAGUAUCUGAGUAGCCCUGCCACGUCGGUGCCAUGUGAGAGGCUGUUCUCACUUGCGGGUCACAUUGUCACAAAAAAGAGAGCUGCCUUGAGCUCGGAAAAUGUGAACAGACUCGUUUGUCUUAGCAACUGGCUGAAAGAGAGAGAGAAUAAGUAG